GCAGGUAGCGCCCAUGGUUACUCUUGUGGAUCAGUUUUGUACCCACAAUGCGCCAUUUUGAGCCACUGGAAGAUGGUUUCUAGAGGUAUUUAGCUCGCCAGCUAACUUCGCGUACAACGAUUAUUAUCAUAUUUAUAUAAAUCCGCGAACAUUUUAAUAUGUAUUAGGGAUCUAGCUAGUUUGUUCAAAUAUACAAAGAAACAGCAAAUCAUUGGUCCUUCAACACUUUGCUCGCCAGUAACGAUUUGUGUAAGUUAGCUAGCUAACUUAGCUGCUAGCUAGCUAACGUUGAGUAGAUCAUCAUAUAGCUACGCAAUGCAAUAAUGUAACAACGUGUUUGUCACAUGUCUUUAAAUAGAAGUUAACAUACAAUGGAGAAGGAGCAGCGCAACAGUGUUGUUUUUAACGCAUCCAAGAGAGAACUGUUCACUGCCAACAAUGGUUACAAGUCCCUGCAGAAGAGACUCAGGGCACAAUGGAAGAUUCAGAGGUAACGUUAGGAAGCUAGCUAGCUGGCUAUAUUGCUUGCUGUAACUACAUAAGAACAAUACAUUGUAGUCACGUAUUUGUCAUCAUAAUAAGGUAACCUCUUCAUAUAUGUGGUUUUAUGUUUGUUCAUACACAGCAUAAAAGAGGAGCUCUCCUUGGAGAAGUUGAAUGGUGUGAAGUUGUGGAUUACUGCUGGCCCCAGGGAAAAGUUCACUGCUGCUGAGGUGUGUUGCUGGUCAGUUGUAGGAGGUCAAAGAACAUGCCUUUGAAUGGAGUUUUGGGCAGAGUAAUCAGGAUAUUAAAAGAACAGAUUUAAAAGUUUAAUAUCAAAGUUUGAUGUGUCCAUGCAUUGCAAUUCUGAAGCAACACACUCCACUAAUAUAGAACAUGUUUGUGACAACCUAAACACUGUUAGGUAUGUUGGUUGGUUUAUGUUUUGAGUCAGACAUUGAUUAACUCUGUCUUGUUCAGUUGGAGGUCCUGAAGCAGUACUUGGAUGGGGGAGGAGAUGUCCUUGUGAUGCUGGGUGAAGGAGGGGAGAUGAAGUAUGACACCAAUAUCAACUUCCUCCUUGAGGAGUUUGGGAUAAUGGUCAACAAUGGUGAGUAUUAUAUGAGUGGAAUAGACCUUGUGACUCAGAUUGUUGUCAUCCAGAUAUUUCACUGUCAGUUUUAUUGACGAUGAGUGUUUUGUCUUCAUUCUCAUUUUUACUGAAGAUGCUGUCGUGAGGAAUGUUUACUACAAGUAUUUCCAUCCAAAAGAAGCACUUGUGUCCAAUGGUGUUCUGAACAGGUUAGUUGAUUAACCAUUUAGAUAUUUUGAUAUUUGGUUUGUCCCAAUGUAAUAGUGCUUUUAUCAUUGCGUUCUUGUCAAUGCCAAUGAAGUAAAUGUACCAGAAAAGGAUAAUGGGGUUGAUAGUUCCACAAGCUAUGAAAGACACAUGCGCUACUGUGCAAGCAUCUUGCUUUUAAUCCUUUAGAGAGAUCAGUCGGGCUGCAGGCAAGGUGGUGACAGGGAUCAUCGAAGAUGAAAGUGCCGGGAACAAUGCACAGUAGGUCUUCUCUGUUUUCAUGUCAUCAUUGUCAAGUGUAUGUUUGUUUUCAUUUUCAUAACUGUCAACAGUCUUACCAGAGAACAGAAAGAUGAUCACAGUUUCAUGUCUAAUCACAUCAUAUGCCAAACAUAAACAAACAGGCAGAUUGGCCUAAAGGAGUUGGCCCUUGUUAAACAAACAAAUGAAUGAAACAGUGAUUGUAGUUUGGCUUGUCAGUGCCCCCCUGGUAAAAUAUUGAACCUGUAUUCUUAAUGUGUACUUGAACAGGGCCCUCACAUUUGUGUACCCGUAUGGAGCUACACUGAGUGUGAUGAAGCCUGCUGUGGCUGUUCUCUCCACUGGGUCUGUCUGCUUCCCCCUCAACAGGCCUGUCCUCGCCUUCUAUCAGGUCAAGGUGAGUAGCUCCCGUUGACCUGCAAACACCACAACAUGAUUAUACAUUGUAUUUCAAAGAUACAGUAUGUCAGUUAUUUACUAGUUGUGUCAACUGUUUUUUUUUUGUGUAAUUCAGGAGGCAGGCAAACUGGCAGUGAUGGGUUCCUGUCACAUGUUCAGUGACCAGUACCUAGACAAAGAGGAGAACAGUAAAAUAAUGGUGAGUGGAGUGUCUGUCUAUAAACACUCAGGCUUGUUAUGUUUGAGAGCCAAUAAUGUAGGCUAUUUUACCCUUUUCACAUGAUCAUGCCAACCCAACUGUAAUGUGCUGGUUUGGAGAUUUUUGUCCUUUCCAGAAUGGUUCCAGCAACUAUAAUGGGUGCAUAACCAGGCCAGGGCAGUACAGCAUCGCUGGGCAUAUUUUGGCUUUGCUCAGUUGUGUGAAAAGGGUAUUUGACGACUUCCUGAUGGGAGGCUUCACAGUAACACAAGAAGAGUUGUGAAAGUGUUAUCCCUAUAGCACUGUAAUGGUAAUGGUGUAAUGUUUGGUGAUCCACUAUUUGAUCCCCUACUGACUCCAUUUGGUUGUAAUGUUCCCUUUCUCUUUUUGUUAUACAGGAUGUUGUUUUCCAGUGGCUCAUGGGUGAUAACAUUAAUCUGAACCAGAUAGAUGCAGAGGACCCCGAGGUGAGAAGCCAAGGCAUGUUUUAGGAUCUGCAGUUUUACCUUUGAGUACUAGAAGUGACACUUCUCAUUCUGUUUGGCUCAGAUCACAGAUUACACCAUGCUACCAGAUACAGGCUGCCUGUCUGAGCGACUGCGAGUAUGCUUGCAAGAGGGAGAGGAAAACCCAAGAGACUUUACCUCCCUGUUUGACAUGUCUCUACUCAAACUAUCAACAAACACGUUACCCCAAGUCAUCAGGUGAGAACACAUACUGCUUUAUAAACUGGAGACAUCAGUUUUCACUACAGUAGGCCAUAGUUGAAGUGGCUACAGGUUGUUUUGUCUGCCAUGCCUGCAUGUUCAAAUCAUGAAUAAAAUAAAAUUGUAUUGGUCGCGUACACAUAAUUUCCAGAUGUUAUCACAGGUGCAGCAAAAUGCUUAUGUUUGUGUCUCCCGAGUGGCGCAGUGGUCUAAGGCACUGCAUCGCAGUGCUAGCUGUGCCACUAGAGAUCCUGGUUCGUAUCCAGGCUCUGUCGUAGCUGGCCGUGACCGGGAGACCCAUGGGGCGGCGCACAAUUGGCCCAGCGUCGCCCAGGGUAGGGGAGGGAAUGGCCAGCAGGGAUGUAGCUCAGUUGGUAGAGCAUGGCGUUUGCAACGCCAGGGUUGUGGGUUCGAUUCCCACGGGGGGCCAGUAUGAAAUAAAUAAAUAAUGUAUGCACUCACUAACUGUAAGUCGCUCUGGAUAAGAGCGUCUGCUAAAUGACGUAAAUGUAAAUGUAGCUCCAACAGUGCAGUAAUACCUAAUAAUACACACAAAUCCCAAAAUAAAAGAAAGGAAUGAAGAAAUAUCAGAACGAGCAAUGUCAGAGUCCGGAAUAUAAAUAUAUAUGUAUAUGAUGCUGUGUAUAGACAGUAUAUGAAUAAAAAAGGUGUGUACAGUAUUAGUUAUAUAGGAAGAGCCUUGACUAGAAUACAGUAUAUACAAAUGAAGUGGGUAAAACAGUAUGUAAAGAUUAUUGAAGUGCCCUAUGUUCGACUAUGAACAUAGGGCAGCAGUCUUUAUGGUGCAGGGUUGAGUACCGGGUGGUAGCCGGCAAGUAAGAGUGACUAAGUUUAGGACAGUCUGAUGGCCUGGAGAUAGAAGCUGUUUUUCAGUCUCUCGGUCCCAGCUUAGAUGCACCUGCCUUCUAGAUGGUAGCGGGGUGAACAGGCCGUGGCUCGGGUGGCUGAGGUCCUUGAUCGUACGGUAUGUUUGUUGACAACGUGUUUGACUUGUCCUCCUGCAGUUCCUACAAGCAGAUGAAUGUCAAACAUGAGCCUCUCCAGCUGAUCACACCUCAGUUUGAGACUCCCCUUCCCCAGCUGGAGCCUGCUGUAAGUUUCCCCUCAGCACCCCUCUCUAGCUCUACACAAUCUCCUCUAGCUCAACCAUUGUGUGGGUUCUAUACACUCAACUGAGAAUGGCAUGUGCAUUAGUGAUUGUAUUCAAAUCGAGCUUAUUGACUGGGAUUUCGUGAUGUGACUAUACACACUUGAUCAUUGUAGAAAAUUACCAAUUUGCCAUCCCUCCAAGAGCUGUCUGUUUUCCUAUGGGUUGCUUUGAGCAGGUCUUCCCGCCUGCCUUUAGGGAUCUGCCUCCCCCCAUGCUUGACCUAUUUGACCUGGAUGAAACCUUCUCUUCUGAGAAAGUGCGUUUGGCACAGCUCUCCAACAAAUGUAAGUGUUUAACCACAUCCUAUUCUUGUUUUAGCUGAUCUCCUACAAUGUCAGUGAUAACCCCAGGUUUUAUUUGAAUUAAUGAAGUGUUUAAUUUAUUCUCCCUGCAGGCACAGACGAUGAUCUAGAGUUCUACGUGAGGAAGUGUGGGGACAUCUUGGGGGUGACGGGGAAGUUGGAUAAAGACCAGAGGGAUGCCAAACACAUCCUGGAGCACAUCUUCUUCCAGGUCGUGGAGUUCAAGAAGCUCAAUCAGGUGAGCCAUAUGAACAUCAGACCCUCUGAUAUAUGCACACAAGAUUUGUUGAUCUAGGCAAUGAUUGACAUUGUGAUUAAUAUAUUUAAAUGAUUUAUCCCAUCGCUCCCAUACAGGAACAUGAUAUUGACACAGAGACCAGGUUUUCCCCAUUCUGAUGACUAGCAACCAAUGAGUGUGCAAUUUUGUAUGUAUUUUUCAAGGGCUUGUAUAUACACACACUCAAUCUAGAUGUAUCCAUAUCGUUUUUCCAGUAACUAUAAGAGAAUGUAACUCCCUAUCCUUCAAACUGAAUGUAUAUAGUUGAGAUUUGUUUCAUGUACUAAAUCUGACAAGUGAAACGAAUAUUGUAUAAGGCUUUCCAUAUCUGAUUGAUUACUUUUGUGGUAAAGGAUGACACAUUUAGGCAUUUACUGUGUAAUAAAAAGUGUUCCAUUUCCUAAAUACUCAAAGCAUGGUUGAUUUAAUAAAUACAAAACUUUAAUAUAAUAGAUUGUAAAAUAAACAUUUUCUUCAUACUU